AUGGGUAAUUUGGCGACGCUGCUAGUGAAGUUCGGUGCCGCGUUCCUCCUCGCCUGUCACGCGGAUUACAGCCUGGCUCAGGACAACGCAUCGGCCGUAGAAUGUAUCGAGUCCGAGACGGGAUGCAGGAGAUGCAGGGACGGCACGUGUGCCAGAUGCGCUGUGCUGUUACAUCAGGGUACCUGUGUGCACACCUGCCCAUCGGGCUUCAUCGCCGACUGGUCCACCCGGGACGAAUACAUGGGCCGCGUCUGUCGAGAGACCGGCUACAUGUUCGGCCUCACCGGUAGCCAGGUCGCGAUUUUGGUAGGGGUAGUCUCCGGUACAACUAUCUGUAUCUUCAUCAUCCUCUGCGGCGCGAUAGUCGUACAUCGACGUAAAAAGAAGGCGGUGAAGCUGGCCCAGCAGUUCGAAGACAGUGCGGAGAGGCGAGAAUUUCUGAAACACCUGGCGACGCUCCGUGGAGAAGCCAAUACUUUCCUCGCUAUGCUCAACGACACUAGAAGACAGGUCAGAGAGUUAUACUAUUCGGGAAGUAACGGAGACGGUGCCGUCGGAAUCCAAGCGUACAGACCAGUACUACGUGACCUGGCGAGGAUACUGGUUCUCGUGAAUAGGAGAGACGAUGAAAUACCACUUCCGCCCGACGAUUGGCAACGACUAUUCUCAUGGGCAGAGCGGCUGUUGAGAAGAUAUAAAAGGCACAGUUCUCCAGAAGUGGCUCAACUCGUGACAUUCCUGCAACAGCCGACGACCAACCCCGUCCAAAUGACCUCGUUAUCGGCACAACCGGUCACGACGUCGCAACCACCACUUCAACCCGUGUACGAACCGAGAAGCACCCCCACUAAUCUCACCACAUUCCAAGCGAACGUGCCUCUCGCGACGUUUCAAGCGAGCGAUAAAUCGAGUAUCAGUCCAGCGAGUUCGAGCCUCGGCUACACGAAGGACAGCAGUCCCCUCGGUUCAAGUUUGGGUCAAAACAGUGCUUUCGGCAUUUACAGCAGCGAAAAAUUCAGCCCGAAUGGUUCAACAAUCGGUCAAACGACGCCUCUCGUCUACGGAAAUAAUCUGAAGCGAACAGGAUCGAGGACGACGAGUGACUGUCAAGAACUGCAAACCAUUUCUGCUUUUAAUCGCAGUUACAAUGGCACACUGCCCUUGGAGACCAACAUCCGUGCGUUGCACGACGAGUGCGGGGUCAACGAUGGUCUAGACCGCGACUUGAAUCCCCAGUGGAAGUUUCAGAGUAGCCCCGUAGAGGCAGCCAAUUACACCAUUCUGUCGGAAUGGUCGCCAGCUCAUGAUUAUCUCAUCGACGAUUUCACAAUUCUCGGUUUUCGGCCGCAAGACGAAAUCACUACAGAAUUGUAG